ACUCAGAAACAAAAACCAAAACUACAAUCACAUCAAGAACAGGGAGGAAAGAUAACUAUGAGGACAACCAACUUUCUCGUCGCUAGUAUUACCGUCGCUAUAGCCCUGGUCGCCGUCGAGGCAGUUGGCGUGUGGACGCCGAUAUCGAAUCCGACGGACGAGCACGUCAAGGAGAUAGCCAAGUUCGCGAUCGAGACUUACAACACGCAGAGCGGGGCCGAUCCACCGUUGAGACUCGUCAGCGUGAACGGUGGCGAAAAGCAGUUUUCGGCGACCCUUGGGACAAAGUACAAGCUUAAGGUGACGACGGAGAAGACCGACGGGAGCGGAGUCGUUAGUCCAUCGUGGUUGAUAUGUAUUCGCGAGGGGCCUUCUAAUGUAAAGUACUAUGUAUCCUUCGAACCCAUGAAUUAACUUCUAAAAUAUUUACAUGGAGGUUAGGAGAUGAAAUAAAGAAAGUAUAAAUAAAAUUAAUGAAUGAAUGAGGUUGGACGUUGAUGAAUCAGCGGACUAGUUAAACUGGGGUGGUACUUCUGUAGGUUUUAUGUCAAACCGUUGAAAAACGUUUUAGUUCAUCUCUAACCGUCCAAUUAUAAAUGAACUGAAUAGCUAUUGCAAUUGGUUUAAUGGGUCAGCUGAGCCAACCGUGAAUCCUAUUCGAUUCUUAUACCAACAUGUAGUGUUGUAAAAUUCGAAAGAUAACGAAUAGUCCGUAAAAGAGGAGAGUCAAUAGCCUAUUCAAGCAUAAAAAUUGUAAAAAAAA